GCUGAGCCUGCUGGGGCGCCGGGCCCCUCUCCCUGCCCCUCCGCUUGAGGGUCCGGAGGCCGGAGGGAGGCGGGGGGGAAGAUUGGGACCCCUCCUCAGCGGGUGCUGGAGAAGAGGCGGCUGCCGCCGGGCGUCGAUGAGAUAAAGCGGCAAAAGUGGAGCAUCCCCCUGCGGAGCGAGGGACGGAGCAGCCCAGCGCCGGCCAGACGACUGCCGGGACGGGGAAGGGGGCUCGCUCCCCGGGCCAGGCACCGCGGCGGGGUGCCCGGGGAUUGGGGGGGGGGACGGCUCGGCCCGCAGCCCACCCUGCCCCGACGGCUGCCCCCAUGCUGGAUCACCGAGCCAGGAUGGAGAGCGGCAGGAAGGAGAAGGUGGAGCGGAUCCUGUCAGAGUUUCGGCUGAAGGAGGAAGACCUGAAGAAGGUGAUGUACCGGAUGCAAAAAGAGAUGGACCGAGGGCUAAAGCUGGAGACGCACGAGGAAGCCUCCGUCAAAAUGCUGCCCACCUACGUCCGCUCCACACCCGAGGGCUCAGAGGUCGGAGAUUUCCUGUCGCUGGACCUAGGCGGCACCAAUUUCCGCGUGAUGCUGGUGAAAGUGGGCGAGGGGGAGGAAGGGCAGUGGAAGGUGAAGACGAAGCACCAGAUGUACUCCAUCCCAGAGGAUGCCAUGACAGGGACGGCCGAGAUGCUCUUCGACUACAUCUCCGAGUGCAUCUCUGAUUUCCUGGACAAGCACCAGAUGAAGCACAAAAAGCUGCCCCUGGGCUUCACCUUCUCCUUCCCCGUGCGGCACGAGGACAUCGACAAGGGCAUCCUCCUGAAUUGGACCAAGGGCUUCAAAGCCUCUGGUGCAGAAGGGAACAACGUGGUCGGGCUCCUGAGAGACGCCAUCAAACGGCGAGGGGACUUCGAGAUGGACGUGGUGGCGAUGGUGAACGACACGGUGGCCACGAUGAUCUCCUGCUACUACGAAGAUCACCGGUGCGAGGUUGGGAUGAUUGUGGGGACAGGCUGCAAUGCCUGCUACAUGGAGGAGAUGCAGAACGUGGAGCUGGUGGAGGGCGACGAGGGGCGGAUGUGCGUCAACACGGAGUGGGGGGCUUUCGGUGCCUCGGGGGAGCUGGACGAGUUCCUCCUGGAGUACGACCGCGUGGUGGACGAGACCUCACUUAACCCCGGUCAGCAACUCUACGAGAAGAUCAUCGGGGGGAAGUACAUGGGGGAGAUCGUCCGGCUGGUGCUGCUGAAGCUGGUGGACGAGAACCUGCUCUUCAACGGGGAGGCCUCCGAGAAGCUCAAGACCCGUGGGACCUUCGAGACCCGCUUCAUGUCACAAAUCGAGAGCGACUCCGAUGACCGCAAGCAGAUCUACAACAUCCUGACGGCCUUUGAGCUGCUGCCCUCAGGAACGGACUGUGACAUCGUGCGGAUGGUCUGUGAGAGUGUCUCCACCCGCGCCGCCCAGAUGUGCUCGGCCGGGCUGGCCGGCGUCAUCAACCGCAUGCGGGAAAGCCGGAGCCAGGAGACCCUCAAAAUCACUGUGGGGGUUGACGGCUCCGUCUACAAGCUCCAUCCCAGCUUCAAGGACCGCUUCCAUGCCACGGUUCGGCAGCUGACGCCUGGCUGCGACAUCACCUUCAUCCAGUCGGAGGAAGGCAGCGGCCGCGGGGCCGCGCUCAUCUCGGCCGUCGCCUGCAAAAUGGCCUGCAUGAUGGGGCAGUGA